CAGCUUCCUUCCACAAUGCCCAAAGCACUCCUGCUGCUGGCUGUUGCCCUGGUGCUACUUGGGCUUGUGCAUGGAGGCAUGUUGAGAAACGAAGGAAAAUGGAAGCCCCUCAACAAUCCUAGAAACUGAGAUCUGUUUUUCAGAACCCUUCAGGCAUAUUUUAAAGGACGAGGUCUUGAUCUUGGGAUGUUUUCAAAUAUUUCCUCCAUGAACGAGAAUCCUGGACCUCUCUCUUUCCAAUCAGAACUUAUUGCUUCUGCAUUUGCAGAUUAUGAAGAACAGAAAAACUCCUUCCCCAAUUACCCCAAAGUCUGAAUGUUUCUUCUGAGUACAGGUAAUGUGGAUACCUCUGACUCACCAGGGGACACAUCACUUACAACGAAGCGGAGAAAAUAAAAGCAGAAAGAUUCCAAUUUCAAGACCUGUUGCUACAUCCUGACCUGUUAACAAACAAACAAACAAACAAACAAAAACCUGUCACAUCAUCAAGGUGUUCCACAGCAGAAAAACUCUUCUCCCACCCCUUGCUCCCUGUUGCAAAUCUCUGCA